CAUCAAUUUGAGUUUGCUAGUGGAGCAAAAUAAAUGUGAAUAGUUCGAGAAUGAAUCACUAUAUAUAUAGAUAGAUAGCUCUAUAUCUCAAUAGUUCAUCAAAUUCAUUGUCCAAUUACAAAGUUAGACUUCUAUCAAGUACUAUAUUCGUCUCAAAAGCCAUGGGAUUCUUGAAAAUUCUGCUUAUUUUCAUCUUUUGUUCUUUCCCAUGGCCUAGUACUCAGAGUGAUUUUGAGACGUAUAUAGUCCAUGUUGAAUCCCCUGAAAACCAAAUCUCUACUCAAUCAUUGUUAAUGGAUUUAGAGAGCUAUUAUCUUUCUUUUUUGCCUAAAAGUACUACAACAAUUAGCUCUAGUGGAAAUGAAGAGCCUGCUAGAAUGAUCUAUUCCUAUCACAAUGUGAUGAAAGGCUUUGCCGCUAGAUUAACUACAUCACAAGUGAAGGAAAUGGAGACGAAACCGGGCUUUGUCUCUGCACAGAAACAGAGGAUUUUGUCCUUGCAAACUACUCAUACUCCGAGCUUUCUUGGUUUGCAACAGAGUAUGGGCUUGUGGAAGGAUUCCAACUACGGGAAAGGCGUGAUCAUCGGAGUUUUAGACACUGGAAUUGUUCCUGAUCAUCCUUCUUUUAGCGACGUUGGGAUGCCUCCCCCGCCUGCAAAAUGGAAAGGAGUUUGUGAGUCUAACUUCACGAGCAAGUGUAACAACAAGCUCAUUGGAGCCAGGUCUUACGAACAUGGCAACGAUUCCCCAGUAGACAAGAAUGGACAUGGUACGCAUACAGCGGGCACAGCUGCAGGAGCCUUUGUGAAAGAUGCUAAUGUAUUUGGGAAUGCUAAUGGCACUGCAGUUGGUAUUGCCCCUCUUGCCCACAUAGCCGUAUAUAAGGUAUGCAAUUCUGAUGGUCAAUGUUCUGACAGUGCUAUUUUAGCUGCCAUGGAUGCGGCUAUAGAUGAUGGCGUAGAUAUUCUGUCAAUCUCCCUUGGUGGAAGUACGAAACCUUUCCAUGAAGACGGUAUUGCUCUUGCUUCAUACAGUGCAACAGAAAGAGGUAUUUUUGUAAGUGCCGCUGCAGGUAAUAGUGGUCCAUCCCUUCGCACUGUAGCAAAUGAAGCCCCGUGGAUUCUCACAGUUGGUGCUAGUACUCAUGAUAGAAAACUGAAGGCCACCGUUAAGCUUGGAAACAAAGAAGAAUUUGAAGGAGAGUCUGCUUAUCAUCCAAAGACUUCCAAUUCAACAUUUUUCGCUCUAUAUGAUGCUGGAAAGAAUGAAAGCGAUCAAUUUGACGCCCCUUUCUGCCGUCCAGGCUCGCUCACUGACCCUGCUAUCAAAGGUAAGAUAGUGGUGUGUCUGCGAAGUGGUAGUCUUCUCAGGGUUGAUCAAGGACAAUCUGUUAAGGAUGCGGGAGGUGUUGGCAUGAUUCUCAUCAAUGAACAACAAGAUGGCGUGACUAAAUCAGCUGAAGCACAUGUCCUUCCAGCAUUGGAUGUUUCAAAUGCAGAUGGAAAGAAAAUUCUUGCCUAUAUGAACUCAACUUCCAAUCCGGUUGCUUCAAUCACCUUCCGUGGAACUGUCAUUGGAGAGAAAAAUACUCCUAUAGUUGCUUCAUUUUCCUCCCGAGGACCAAAUGUAGCAAGUCCUGGAAUCUUAAAACCCGACUUAAUUGGUCCUGGUGUAAAUGUCCUUGCUGCUUGGCCUACCCCUGUUGAUAACAACAAAAACACAAAAUCAACAUUCAAUGUUAUAUCCGGAACCUCAAUGUCAUGCCCUCACCUUAGUGGCAUAGCAGCUCUGCUAAAGAGCGCACAUCCUGACUGGUCUCCUGCUGCUAUUAAAUCCGCAAUGAUGACAACCACUGACACAUUAAACCUCGCCAAGAAUCCAAUACUAGAUGAAAGGCUCAUUCCUGCAAAUAUCUUUGCAAUUGGUGCAGGACAUAUUAAUCCAUUGAGAGCAAGUGAUCCAGGAUUAAUUUAUGAUACACCAUUCGAUGACUAUGUACCUUAUUUAUGUGGUUUGAACUACACAAAUAGAGAGGUAGGUAAACUGCUACAACGCAAAGUGAAUUGCUCAGAGGUGAAAAGUAUCCCUGAAGAGCAACUAAAUUAUCCUUCAUUUUCCAUUAGACUUGGAUCAACUCCUCAAACAUAUACCAGAACCGUGACCAACAUUGGUGACGCCAGAUCAUCUUACAAAGUGGAGGUAGUUUCACCAAAAGGAGUUUCCGUGAAAGUUAAACCAUCCAAGCUGAACUUCACGAUGUUGAACCAGAAGUUGACAUACCAAGUGACAUUUUCCAAGACAACCAACAGCUCAAAGGAUGGGGAUGUUGAGGGAUUCUUGAAGUGGAAUUCUAAUAGGCACUCUGUAAGGAGUCCAAUUGCAGUUAGACUGUCUGCCGAAUGAAACUGCAAGAUUGUUUCCAUAAACAACAGACAAAAUGUAGAAUAAGUGCAGAAAGCCAAAAACUACUCACAAUUGAUUAUAUUUGGUUGUUGUUUCUUUUCAUACUUGGGUACAUGUUUUACGUUACAUCUUUUAAGUAAAUGGUCUUUGAUGUUUCAUCAGUUCUAAUAAACGAUUUAAUCAUGAUUAAGAAGACUAA